CCAUCGUUCUCAGAGUCUCUUGCUCCGGUCCGAAACCCGAUACGGUAGAGCGCAACCCGAUACGAUACGAAACAUGGGAAUUUUCGCCACCAUAUCGCUACUUGUCCUUCUAGUAGUUCCGUUGACUAACGUUGACUCGCGCCCUGUCCUGCCGUUAAGCAACGUUGAAUCCUUCCUCAAGCUGCCGUCCGAUGGCCGAGCUGACCGCGACGAUGGCGCCGUCGGUACGAGAUGGGCUGUUCUCAUCGCUGGCUCGAGCGGUUUUGGGAAUUAUCGCCAUCAGGCCGACAUCUGUCACGCAUAUCAAAUCAUGAAAAAGGGCGGUCUGAAAGAUGAGAAUAUCAUUGUUUUCAUGUAUGAUGAUAUUGCUCACAAUGAGGAAAACCCCAGGCCUGGCGUCAUUAUUAAUCACCCUCAAGGUGGAGAUGUCUACAAUGGGGUUCCUAAGGAUUAUGUUGGUGAAGAUGUUACAGUUGGCAACUUUCUCGCUGUUCUCCUUGGAGAUAAGAGUGCUCUAACUGGAGGAAGUGGAAAGGUCGUUGAUAGUGGUCCUAAUGAUCAUAUCUUCAUAUUUUAUUCAGAUCAUGGUGGCCCUGGUGUUCUUGGUAUGCCUACCUAUCCUUACCUUUAUGCUGACGACUUGGUAGCUACACUAAAGAAAAAGCAUGCCAUGGGAACCUACAAAAGCAUGGUAUUUUAUCUUGAAGCUUGUGAAUCUGGGAGUAUCUUUGAGGGUUUGCUUCCGGAAAAUAUAAAUGUUUAUGGAACAACAGCCUCAAAUGCUGUGGAAAGUAGUUGGGGAACUUACUGCCCCGGAGAGUACCCUAGUCCUCCUCCAGAAUACUGGACUUGUUUGGGAGAUUUAUACAGUGUUGCUUGGAUGGAAGACAGUGACAUCCACAAUUUGCGAACUGAAUCUGUUAAGCAGCAGUAUGAACUGGUCAAAACCAGGACAUCGGGUCAUAACACAUACAACCUUGGUUCCCAUGUUAUGCAAUAUGGGAAUCUGAGGCUUUCUUCUGAUCACCUCUUCUUAUAUAUGGGAUCAAAUCCUGCCAAUGAAAACUGCACCUUCAUUGAUGAUAACUUGUUACCAUCAUUUUCCAAGGCUGUGAACCAGCGAGAUGCAGAUCUUGUUUAUUACUGGAACAAGUUCCAAAGAUCACCAGAGGGCUCAUCCAAGAAACUUGAUGCUCAGAAGCAGCUUCUUGAUAUGAUGAACCAUCGAUUGCACGUAGAUAACAGUGUAGAGCUCAUAGCAAAGCUCCUCUUUGGUUCUGAGAAAGGCAGAGAAGUUUUGAAGACUGUUCGGCCUGCAGGAAAACCUUUGGUGGAUGAUUGGGGCUGCCUCAAGUCUUUGGUUCGUUCCUUUGAAGCAAGUUGCGGCUCUCUAUCUCAAUAUGGCAUGAAACAUAUGCGCUCCCUUGCAAAUUUCUGCAAUGCCGGUAUAAAGAAGGAAACCAUGGCUGAGGUUUCUGCUCAAGCUUGCCUUCGAGUUCCUGCUAACCCCUGGAGUUCACUCCACAAGGGAUUUAGUGCUUGAUGUGCAACAAAGGAAGCAGCUGUAGCCCCUGUAAAUAUACAUAUAUGAUGCUCAUUAGUGAGCAUUUGCUUGUUUGGCUGUGAUCUUUAGUGUUGUAUAUAGCAAGCAUAUUGGUAUAUUUAGGGGGGAGGGGAUUCCAUUGUGUGGUGACAUGUAAAUAAUGGGAAUUGCAUGAGGUGGGAUCUUGUGAUGUGGAAACCUGUGGUCUUUGUGUUCUGUUUUUAAUUGAGAAAUGCUAGAUGUUACAUCCAUUAUCUGUC